AUGAAGCUCCAACCUUCCUGGCUCCUCGCCAGUACCCUCUCCACAGCAGCAAUAGCAGCAGCACGACCAUGGACCCGAGCAGACAACACCACCAGCCCUAUCUACUUCUUUACUUUCGGAGACUCCUACUCCCAAACCGGCUUCAGCACCAGCAGUACUCAACCCUCUGCCUCCAACCCCAUGGGAAACCCUGACCUAGGAAUCGGCACAACAACCAACGGCCCCAACUGGAUCGGCUACCUAACGACCACCCAAAACGCCUCCCUGGUGCUAUCCUACAACCUUGCCGUUGGGGGCGCCACAAUCGACAAUUCCCUUGUCUCGGCGUACGCAGGCGACGUUAGUUCCCAGGUAAAGCUCUUCGAAGACGUGUAUAGUACGAAACCUGCUUCUACGGCGCCUUGGACGGCGGAUAAUGCGGUGUUUGGGGUUUGGAUUGGGAUUAAUGAUAUAGGAAAUGCAUUCUACAAAACAGACGCAGAAACAUACACCCCCCUCCUCACCACGCGAUUACAGGCCCUCAUGCAGGAGGUAUACGAUAACGGGGGCCGGAAGUUCCUGUUCUUGAAUGUUCCGCCUACGGACCGGACACCGAUGUUUAUUGAUCAGGGGAGUGAGACUACUGCUGCUGUGGGGGCGUAUUUGGGGGUUUAUAAUAGGAAUUUAAAGGAUAUGGUGGAGAGGUGGGGGAGGGAGAGGGGGGAUGUAAUAACGGUUUUCUAUGACGCAUGGUCAUUCAUGACGAAAGUGUUGGAUGAUCCUACGGCGUAUGGGUUCCCGGAUGCUACGUGCAUUAAUGAUGAUGGGACGUCGUGUGUGUGGUGGAAUAAUUAUCACCCCGGGAUGAAGUAUCAUGCUUUGCAGGCGGAGGAUAUGAAGAAGUUUUUGGGGAGUUUGGGGGGGUGGUAA